AUGAUUCUCUUCAUCGACGUGAUUUCUCUUUAUACUACAUUUCAUUUUUUUCUUUUCAACCGCUUUUUAUUCUUCCUCUCGAAUAAUCCAUACUCUUCCACUACCUCCUCCUACUCCACGUCUCCUCCACUUCUUCUUCUUUUUCUUCUUCUUCUUCUUCUUCUUCUUCUUCUUCUUCUUUUAAUAUUUCAUAUUAGUGUGCAUGCACCAAAGCGGACUCAAACAGACCUGGAUUUCGCCAGGCCGCUGCAAGUUUCGAACAAAACCCCCUCCUUUCCACUGAAACCGUUUACCCAGAGAUGCAUGCCUCUGGACAGGACCGCACAAUCCGAGCACCACCUCAGCAAUUCUGAGUGCGAGCUCUGUCUUUCCUCUCUUUUUCUUUCUUUUUCUCAAAAAGUUCUACUGCGACGAGUAAGGUUCGACGUGUGCCGGCAUAGGAUGACGCUGGCAGUCUUUUGCACGUUGGCGGCACAAGCAAUUUGGCCCUUUAUUUUCGCCCAUGAGACUACGCAUCGUCUUGUGUCUUACUUGUUCGACCAGGUGGAUAUUUUUCAAGGAGGUGAACCGCCUCCCUCACAUGAGGAGGGACCUAUAACAGGUGGCCUAAAAGAUGCUGGUUCCAACUCAACUGGCCAGGAAGACGCACCUGUCCACGGUGUUGUGCUUGCUGUUCGCUCAAUACUUCCUUGUGUUCCGACUGGGCAAAGCGAAAGACUAAUGGCCCUCAGAAUUCCUCACUCCAAUAAUAUCUACGCAACCAUUUUCUGUGUGUAUAAUGCGGACGAAGAGAUAAAUGAUGCCUUCUACGAAUCUCUCAAUACAGCCCUGCGAGUGGUACCUCGGACAGACAGAAUAAUCCUCCUUUUAGAUUUUAAUGCCCGAGUGGGCUCCAACACGUCAGUCUGGGCUGGUGUUAUUGGCUCGCAGGUUAUUGGGAAAAUGAAUGCUAACGGACUCCGUCUUCAAAGCUUCUGUGCCGAGCAUCAGCUUGUGAUUACCAAUACCAUUUUUCAACACUCGAAUAAAUACAAGUGCAUCGACGCUCUCGGACGUGGCACCUGUUGGAUUACGUAA